AUGCCUACAGACGUGUUAUGUAACAUGUCGUCUAAUCUAAUGAAAUAUUCAAUAGAUAACGAGCGGUCAAUUUCAACAUAUAAUGUGGGAGUUGUAGUAUGCCUUGACUUUUGGCGUUCACACGGACUUAUUCCUUUGAUGUCGCUUCUCCUUGGUCAAGGCAUGGUUGCUUGUUUUCUUGUGUUCCUCGUAUUCUUAUCCCAAAGUUUUUCAGUCAGUUACCUGAAGUUCGAGAAAAUAAAUGGAGCAUCUGAGGAAUCUUUAAUUUUUCUGAAUGACGCUAAUCCAACAGCUCUUCUUGAUGCUUCAGCAAAUACUCAAAGGAUAGUUUAUUUUGCACAAAAAAGCCCACCAUUGGGUUUAAAGUUGAAUUUUGCUUGUCAUGUCAAUAAACAAGCGAAACCUUUGGAUAAAGUGUCUUUAUGCUGCCGCAGUAGUGUGAAAGAUACCAAACGUACUUGUGUUCAGCCAGAGGCUGAAGGUACAUUUUCCUGUUUAAAUACUGAGUUUCGCUUCAGUGUUGACGAAACGACGGGGGCAAUUUUCUCAAUUUCUUUAACACAAGAUGGUCCCCUGAGCAAUCCAAUCAGCGGACUGUUUUCAUGUAUUGUCGGUACAGACGAACUCAAUGUUAUUGAAUCAAAUGAAAUAGAAAUACGAGAUGCUGUAUUUUACAUUCUUCAACUAAAGGGUACUCCGUCUACAAAGAUAGAUGUCGUUCCACCAAUAUCAGAAUUUCCGCAUGAGUUAAGGUGUGUAGAUGAUAUCAGCACUGUAUCACGCUGGCCAUACUGGAUGCACCAACUAGAUGGCAGAUACGGACCAUACAGAUGGGAAUAUUGUCUGACUACAGGGAAACCAAAUGCCAUUACGUGUUCUAAAAGGCCCAUGCAGUUUUCUCCCAAUUCUAUUGUCGAAUUUAUAAAUGGGAGCGUGUAUCUCACUGAUGCACCCCUGGUUGAGUCGAAGUCGAUAGCUAUCGUGUGUAAGCAUGUUGGACAACUUGGACCUAUUAGGACUUUUGCUGGAAAAGUUGCCGGUACUGAAUCCCCUGUGGUCCUUGAAGGUCUUUCAAUCGAGAAGAAUAGGAAUUCCAGUACUACUAAACUAUAUCCUUUAACGUCACUAACAUCAAGUUAUGUCAUCAAUAAAGGUACCAAACUUCAAGACUUUAUGCUUAAAGCUUUAUAUCGACAACCUCAAGGGGACUAUGAAUUUCAUUGGUUCAAGGAUGAGCAGAUGUUACACAGCAGGAUUGCGACAAAAUACAGUUAUACACUUCCUAGUCUUAUUGAUGAGUCUGUAUCAGGAGUUUACUCACUCGUUGUGAAAUCGAAUGAGGAUAUUUCCGAUAGGUUAAUAUUCACCUACGAUGUUAAAGUCGUUUCACCUCCUUUCUUUAAGGAUCCAAGAUGUUUGAAAGAACUGUUUUACGUAAUGGAAGGGAAUAACUUCGGCUCUGUUUGUGAGUUUGAUGGCAGGUGGAAUACAGUUGUAUUUGUCGGUGUGGCUUCGUUUGAAGCAUCUACGUAUCAAGAACUUCGCAUGUCUAUUGAUAAGAAUCUCAAGUACUCAAAGCAACAACUUUCCCAGUUGGAUAUUAUUUUUCAUGUAGAUGGAGAAGAAAUGAAUAAAAGAAUUACAGUUAACAUUACAAAACUUAAACUUAAUCAGGAUUGUGAACUAUCUAUUCGUUUAAAUUCUAUAUACGGUCAGUCACGCAUAUCGACGUCACUUAAAGUUGUUCCUAAGCCUCAACUCACAAUAUCACCUUCCGAUGAAAAUUGCAUAAAAAACUGUGAUGAAACUCCGUACAAUGUUUCUUGUGCACUAAAUGAAAAUAUUGUUCAAGAAUGGAAAUCAAAGUUUAAUAUAGAACCAUCUAUUGAUUGGAUCAUUCAGAAUCACUGGACCAAAGCACAUUUGGAAUCUACUGGUUUAGGACAAUUUAUAACUUCUAAUGGUGGACAUGAUACAACCCUAACAGUAUGGCCAGUAGGUAAACCAAUUCCUUUUAUUGUUAAACAUGAAGAAAAUAACAACAAACGACCAAAAGAAGAAUCUGGGAUAGAGGAAGAAGAAGAAGCAAUAGAGAAGGAGAUAAUGAACUUGGACACUGAAGAUGAACCUGUUCAGAUACCUAGUACGACGACACUAAAACAAUUUCUUGCACAAAAAAUAGGCGGAUCUGAAGCUCAGCCGCCGAAAGAUCUUAUUUUAAGCUGUUGGAUUCGUUUAUCCGUUAUUGGUAAAGAAGCUGAAUUUGAAAUACCAAAUGGAUUAGUAUCACAUCAGUCAUUUGCACGUCAAGCUCAAUUUGCACAAUCUUCUGGUAUAAAUCGUUUAAUCUAUGAUUCCCGAUGGGAAACAGACACUGAACUAGCGAAACGAUUAACCGCUGUUCGUACAUUUACUCCUGAUAUGAUACCUGCAACUGCUGGUCUCGCAUGGAUUGCAGCUGUGAUUAUCGGUGUAAUUAUUUUUAUAGUUGUGAUUGCAUCAAGUAUAUGGUUGUGUACACGUGAUCGUGGUGAAACUUACAUGGUAUAUGAUAAGGAACGUGCACAUGGAAAUGAUCCAAUAGAAGAACUGAAAGAAAAAGAAACAUUUCAGACAUUUCAAAGACAAGAGGAACCAAGAAUUGCAACGAGUCGUUAUUCUUUAAAUGAUGGCAGUGUACGUUUCGAAAGUGAAGAUGACGGGGAAUUAGAUGAAUAUGCAGGAUUUGGCCUAAAAAUUUCAUCUCUCUAUGCCAACGGGCUAUAGAAACUUGAAUCGAUGUACGAACGUACCAGAUUUUACUUUGCUACUGACUGAUUAGUGUUGUGUAGUGUAGACAAACAUGACGAGAAGAAAAGAGUUUAGAACUGAUUGUUCACUGAGUAGUGACCAGUGUCAUAUAUGUUAAUUCCUACCUAAUACUGCCAGUCAAAUUCUAACGAUUAAGUUACAAUGUGGCUAGUAGUCUAAAUGACUUAAUAUUGUGUGCAUUAUGUUAAAAUGUAAUCUGGUGUGUAUUAAAACUCAUGUGCGAGGAAGGGAAACCGAUUUAUUAUCAUUUAAUGCACACGGUGCUUUCACAAAAUCAUACAUUAAAUGCAUUAUUUGCACAUCUCUCUUCAGUUGUUCUGUAAAUACUUCCCUUUCUGUUCUCUUCAAUUCAAUCUUCUGCUGGC